CAUUUCUAAAUAAAGUUGACAAGGGUUUGCAUAUCAACUUAUACCCACAGAAUCUAGUGUAACGUACCCUCGGAAAUGUAUAAGAUGGAAUAACUAUCACAGCAUUGUCGGCACAGAAACAGAGAUUCGACAUUAUGGCUGAGGAUACUGCGGAACCAAAUAGUUCUCUGUAUUACAUGGAUAGCAUUAAAUGCAGACUUGAUUGUCCUGAAAUACCCACUCUAGUCAAAUUAUACAGACCACUCAUUGUUAGAUGUCUGAAGGUCGAAGAUGUUGUACAUUACCUGGAUGGUGUAAUCAAUACUCGAGAAAGAGAGAAAAUCAUUCAGAGGGAGGAUAAAAAAGGCUCAACAAUUGCGAUGGAAGAUCUAUUACAUACUAUAGAGGAUAGCAGUCACGGCGAAAAGUGGACAAAAUUUGUGAACAUUGUUGAAAGAAAAGGUUAUGAAUAUGUGGCCAAGGCUUUAAGGGGCGAGGAAGUGAAUAGUGAUGUUUUUAAGAAGUAUACAAGGCUUCUUGAACCACAUAAAAUGAAUCUUGUCGAAAGAUUGAACCCAGAGGAUUUACUGGUAACGUUAGAAACCCAGAAAAGGGUCAUAACCACUACAGACAGAGAACAGAUAAAAGCUGAAAUGAAAAAUAAGGGUCCUAUGGCUGGAACAAUCGUUCUUUUAGACAGAAUAUGGAGAAGGUUUGAGAACUGGUACAGGGCAUUCUUAGAUGUGCUUUGUCAGAAAGAAUACAAAUAUCUUGUGGAGGAGAUUGAUGAUGAAUUUGCAGAAGAAUGGGACAAAAAAAUCCAGGAAGGAAACCAUCCCGAAGAUAUCAACCAACAAUGUUCUGUUGAUGCACAAGGCCAGUUUCAAAAUUUCAUUACCCCCGUCCAAUGCGUCUCUGACAAUGACGAGUAUAAUCUGGGAUCAUCACUCAAUAUCAACUCCCUCGUCUCUUCCGGUUGUUCAAGAACCAUCAAGCCAAUAUCCGUAUCAGAUGACAAUCUUGAUGAACAAGUCAAAAACGCAGAGGAAAUUACUGGAGAAGAUGUAGAGGAAACUACUGAGAAAGAAGUAGAAAUUACGAAAACCAAAGAAAAUCAUGCCAAUGAGACCGAAUCAAACAAUGUUUACCCGUGUAAAUCAGUAGAGGACACCACGCAAGGAUAUGUUUAUUGUGUAGAAUCUACUUCAAUAGAAGAUAAAGAAGUAAUUCUAGAUACAUUUGAGGAAAGAAGGUACCAGAAUGAGUUGGCUGAACCUGCUAAACGAGGCCAAAACUGCUUAAUAAUAGCUCCAACUGGAAGUGGGAAAACAAUCGUUGCUGUCAAAAUUAUCCAACAUCACCUACAAGUUAAGACCAGGCCAAAAAUCAAGAAAAUUGCUUUUGUCGUUGACAAAAACAACUUGGCCAAACAGCAGCAUGAUGCAAUUCAGCGUUUCGUCGAUUGCCGAUUGAAGGUAAUAUCUGGGGAUACCAUGCGCGAAGAGGAAUUUACAGAUCUGUCGGCUCUCCUCACACAGUAUGACGUCUUUGUGAUAACAGCCCAAAUGCUCGUGAAUGCAAUGCAUAAAAGAGAUGUUAGCAUUGAAUCUUUCACACUCCUGAUCUUUGAUGAAUGCCACCAUUGCCAUGGCGGGCAUUCGUUCUAUAAAACCAUGAUUCCUUACCAUGACAAGAAACACGGUCACCUGGAGGAUCAGAUAGACCUACCGCAGAUUGUUGGUUGCACGGCUUCUAUUGGCGUUGGCAAAGCUAAAAACGUAGAUCAAACCGUGGAGCAUGUUAAAGUAAUGAUGGCCAAUCUUGAUGCAGACGUCCUGGUAUCUGUACAAAGAAAUAGGCAGGAAUUGGCAGAGAAAAUGAAUACACCGGAGCAAUCUAUCGUGAAAAUACAAACUCGAAAGACAGAUGAAUUUGGGACAAGAAUAAAGAUAUUAAUGACGAAGACGGAAGAAUGUUUGAAAGAAGCAGCAGACGAAAUGGAUGAUAAAUAUGCGGCCAAUCCCCCAACUACAAAGGGAAAUGAACAAUACACUCAAUGGCUACAGGAUGUUCUUUUAAAAGCAGUUGCAAAAGUUCAUGACCCUACCCUGAGUCGCUCUUUAUAUACAGCAAGAAAUUACUUAAAGAUUUACAACGAAGGGUUGAUUUUGUACUCAUACGCCAGAGCGACGGAUUGUUUGAAUGCCAUCAUCGAAAACUUUGAGGAACUUCCUAAGCCAGCUAAAACAGCAACGAAAGUAGAACAACACUUAAAGAGUCUAUUUGAAAAUGAGAUAGAAAACCUAAAGGUCUGCACAACAGACAAAAGAAAGAGUGAAGAAAAUCCCCUUCUACUAAAACUUAAAGAGAUCAUUGUGGAUACUUAUCAUAAUGAAUCAGAUAUGAGAGGAAUAGUUUUCGUUCGCACGCGCCCGCUCGCAGAUAUCCUUGCAUCUUGGAUGAACGAGACUGAUGACCUUAAACACAUUAAGGCAAAAAAAUGUACUGGAGCUCAGGCGCAAAGAACUGAUGGCGGAAUGACUAAAGUGAAGCAGAAAGAAACCAUUGAUUUGUUUCGAAAGGGAGACUUUAAAUUGAUUUUCGCAACAACAAUUGCUGAGGAGGGAUUGGACAUCAAAGAAUGUAACCUUGUUGUAAGAUAUGAUUAUGCUGGAAACCCAAUUUCGCAGAUUCAAGCCAAAGGACGAGGGCGUGCUGAAAACAGCCGGUUCUAUAUUCUGGCAUCAGAAGACAAAAGUGUUGCAGAGAGAGAGUGGACAAAUUCUUUGAAAGAACCCAUGAUGGAAGAUGCUAUGUUGAUAGUUCAGCAAGAAAUUGCUACAAACAAUGAAAGAUUCCAGCUUCAAAAACAAGAGUUGCAGCGUUUGGCAAAAAGACAACGAGAAGCUGCAGCCCAGAACAAAGGCGUGAGAGAAGUUCCUGAUGGACAAUACGUACUCAGAUGCCUGAAAUGCAAAGAAUACAUGUGUCUCUCCGGUGAACUGAGAAAAUUAGGGUCUAAUUACGCAUGUAUUGGUCAAGAUUUUAAGGAUCACGUUUUCUGUAAGAAAAGUGAACAAGUGAAGUACGAUGGGAAGAAUUUGAAGGUGGGCAUAGGAAAGGUAGGAUGCAAGGAAUGUCGGGAAAAAAUUGGAGUCGUCGCUCUUUACAAAGAAAUCCUGUUUCCCGUCUUGCAAAUUAAGUCUCUAAAAAUAGAAGAUGACAUGAAAAGAGGGGACAACGUAAAAAAGUGGAAAACGGUGGAGGAAAGGUAUUUCAAAGUACCUCCUAUAUCUCUGGUAGAUAUGGAAAAAAUCUCAGAAGCAGAACGCUUGAUUGAUAUGGAUUGAUGCGAUAAUGAAACAGUGAAAGAUAUUUCUAAAGAUUUGUAAAUUCAAAGCAAAAACAUGUUUUACUGUUGUGCUUUACAAUCUCACUUGUGCCAUGUCUAUAUAUGUAAGAUUAAACAUAUCUAUUCAUUUA